AUGGAUGUCGCCCAAGCAAUUUCAGGGUACAUCAAUAAGGUGGUCGCGACCAGCGAUACGUCGUCCGCCAAGAUGAAAAUCCUCUUGCUCGAUAGAGAAACUGUCUCUAUUGUCUCAACUGCGGUUACGCAGUCAGCUCUUCUCAACCACGAGGUCUAUCUUAUCGACCGCCUAGACAAUGCAUCUCGUGAGAAGAUGCGACACUUGCGAUGUCUAUCUUUCGUGCGCCCAUCGCCUGAAUCAAUCCAGUUACUCAUAGACGAGCUAAGAGACCCAAAGUAUGGCGAGUACCAUUUGUACUUUACAAAUGUAGUCAAGAAGUCAUCUUUAGAACGAUUGGCCGAGGCAGACGACCAUGAGGUAGUCAAACUGGUGCAGGAGCAUUUUGCCGACUAUACAGUCAUCAACCCGGAUCUCUUCUCCUUCGGCUUCACUCUUCCACAGCAACGCAUAUGGGCUGGAAGUCCAGAUACGUGGAACCCAGACUCACUGCAGAGGUGCUCCGAAGGCCUUGUCGCUGUAUUGCUCUCGCUCAAGAAGAAGCCUUUGAUCAGGUAUCAGAAGACGAGCCCACUAGCAAAGAAGCUAGCAACAGAGGUCCGAUAUCUUAUGACACAAGAAGACUCACUAUUCGAUUUUCGAAAGGUCGAUACGCCCCCCAUUCUGCUCGUGCUGGACCGUCGCGAGGAUCCAGUGACACCGCUACUCACGCAAUGGACAUACCAGGCUAUGGUUCACCACCUCUUGGGCAUUCAGAACGGUCGUGUCGAUCUCAGCGAUGUCCCUGACAUCAGCCCAGAGCAGAAGGAAAUUGUUCUGUCACAGGAUCAGGACCCUUUCUUCAAGAAGAACAUGUUCCUAAACUUCGGUGAUCUUGGAGGCAACAUUAAGGAAUAUGUUGGACAAUUCCAGUCCAAAACGAAGAAUAAUGAAAACAUCGAGUCAAUAUCCGAUAUGAAGCGGUUUAUAGAGGAAUACCCAGAAUUUCGAAAACUAUCUGGCAACGUCAGCAAGCAUGUCACCCUGGUGUCAGAGCUCAGCAGACGUGUGGCGGCCGAUAAUCUGCUCGAAGUCAGUGAAUUGGAACAAAGCUUGGCUUGUAAUGACAAUCACGGAACCGAUGUCAAGAAUAUCCAGCGACUUAUCCAGUCACCAAACGUUACAUCAGAGAGCAAAGUAGGCCUUGUAGCUUUGUACGCUCUCCGUUACCAUAAGCAUCCGUCUAACGCAUUGGCCAUGCUUACGGAUCUUCUCGUUGCUGCUGGGAACGUGUCGCCACGAGACGCAGAUAUGAUUGGCAAGGUGACAGCAUACCACACAUCUCUUCAGGCGUCACAAUCUCAAGGCGGAAUUUCAGAGAUCUUCGAAUCAGCAGGCAUCUUUUCGGCCACUUCAAACCGCUUCAAAGGCCUGAAGGGUGUGGAAAACGUUUAUACACAGCACAGUCCUCUGCUUGAAACUACCCUGCAGAACUUGAUCAAGGGUCGACUCAAGGAUCAACAAUAUCCCUUCGUUGAGGGUGGUGGCGUUACCAAGGACAAGCCGCAAGAUAUCAUCGUAUUCAUCGCUGGUGGUGCAACUUAUGAGGAGGCCAAGAUGAUUGCAGAACUCAAUGCAUCAAGCCCAGGUGUACGGGUUGUUCUAGGUGGCACCACAAUUCAUAACUCAGCGACGUUCUUGGAAGAGGUGAAUGAUGCUGUCAGUUCAUGGCCUGAGAGCCGUGGUAGAAGGCCUUAUGAUGUCGUGGUAAUCGGAGGCGGCCAUGCUGGCGCUGAGGCAUGUGCUGCUGCGGCGAGAGCUGGAGCGCGAACAGCUUUGAUUACUCCCAAGAUGGAUAACCUGGGAACAUGUUCCUGUAAUCCGAGCUUCGGCGGUAUUGGCAAAGGCACAAUUAUUCGAGAAAUCGAUGCGCUCGAUGGGUUGGCCGGCCGGAUCAUCGACAAGUCUGGUGUACAGUUUCAUGUUCUAAAUCGGCGAAAGGGCGCGGCUGUUUGGGGUCCAAGGGCGCAAAUCGAUCGCGAUCUCUACAAGAAGCACAUGAGGGCCGAACUCACUUCGUAUCCGAACCUAUCAAUUGUACUCGACAGUGUAUCCGACAUCGUUGUCACACCUCAGGAUCCGACGGACGGCGCUUCGAGUCGCAUUUCUGGAGUACGUCUCGAGUCGGGCCAGAUUCUCCCGACAAGCAAGGUCAUUAUAACAACUGGAACAUUCCUCGGUGGUGAAAUUCAUAUUGGUCUUGAUGCGUAUCCUGCCGGUCGGCUUGGUGAGGCAGCGACCUUCGGAUUGAGCAAAUCGCUACGCGAUGCAGGCUUUCAGCUGGGCCGACUCAAGACAGGCACACCUCCUCGAAUCGACAGAGCGAGCAUAAACUACGACAUUCUAGAGAGGCAAUACGGCGAUGACCCACCGUCACCGUUCAGUUACCUCAACAACACAGUGGCAGUACAAGAACAGCUCACUUGCAGCGUGACGUAUACAAACGAGAAGACUCAUGAUAUUGUACGCGAUAAUCUUGACAAGACGAUCCACAUCCGAGAGACUGUCAGAGGCCCGCGCUACUGCCCCUCCUUGGAAUCCAAGAUAAUUCGGUUUGCCGACAAGACUCGACAUAUCGUGUGGCUUGAGCCGGAGGGUUUUGACAGCCAAGUCAUCUACCCGAACGGCUUAUCCAUGACCAUCCCUGCUGAAGCGCAGGAGAAGGUCUUGCGCUCAAUCCCAGGCCUGGAAAACUCGAAAAUGCUUCAGCCCGGAUACGGUGUCGAAUAUGACUACAUUGACCCACGAGGCCUGAAAUCAACAUUGGAAACAAAGGCCAUUAGUGGUUUAUACUUGGCAGGCCAGAUCAAUGGUACAACAGGAUAUGAGGAGGCAGCCGGCCAAGGUGUUCUCGCAGGAAUCAACGCAGGUCGCUCAGCUCGGGGUCUUCCGGGGGUUUCCCUUGCACGUGGAGAUGGAUAUAUCGGUAUUAUGGUGGACGAUCUUAUCACCAAAGGCGUCACGGAGCCUUACCGAAUGUUUACAUCUCGUAGUGAAUUCCGCAUGGCCGCACGUGCUGAUAAUGCUGAUUUCCGACUAACGUCCAAGGGCCACGAAUGGGGUGUCAUAUCUGACAAGCGCUGGGACAGUUAUCGCGAUGAGCGACAGCAAAUGGACGACCUCACAAAGGCCUUGCAGUCGGUGUCUUUGAGCCCAAGCCAAUGGAUUGAGAAAGGAUUCCAUUUAAAGCGCAACUCAACCCGUCGGGAUGGCAUCGAUAUGCUCCAGCUCUCAAGCACAACCACGCGUAUCGAGCUCGAGCAGCUUGCAUCUGUCGUGCCGAGCAUUAUGGACUUUUCACCGAAUGUACGAAACCGUGUCGCCAUCGAGGCCUUUUAUGCUCCGUAUGUCAAGAUCGCCGAGGCGGAGCGAAAGCGGUUCACCAACGACGAGCGCGUGCGCAUCCCUAUCGACCUUGAUUAUGAUGAAAUUCCUGGUCUUGCCUUGUCGGAGAAGGAAGCCCUCAGGGCAGCCAAGCCAGAGAACCUUGCACAGGCAAGACGUGUCGAAGGUGUCACUCCAUCAGGUAGCUUGCGCCUACUAGCAUACGUCCGACGCAAGCCUGUCCGUGGUGUAUUGGGAGAGUCAACAGAGGUUCCAUAG